AUGUACAUGAAUUGCACUCCCCACGAGACUACACAACGGUAUUGGGCAUUUCCCUGAACACAAAAUUUGGGUUUCAUGUUCCUUACCUACCACAGCGUGGUUAAAUAAGAAAAAUAUUUUUCCAAUUAAUGAUAAUUUCAAGGGGUUAAAAAGUGUUUAUAAAUCAACAAGACAUUACCGCGAAAACUAAUUUUGAAAAGUUGACGUCGUCAAUAUAGUGCGGAACUUAUUUUUCUUAGUUCUGUCGACCCUCACAUGGAUGGACUAUGAACAGUGAACUCGGAUCAACUGUGGAAACUUGUCGUGGAAUGUGUGAAUGAUAGUGAAUUUGAAUAUUCGUUUACGUAUCGUAGCUUCGGUGAUCAUCUGUCAAAAUAGUGAAGUGAUAAGUGGACGAUGCGCAUCGUGCAAAACGAUUGUUUACUAAUUUUUGACUGAAACUUGUCGCGGCGACGCUACAGAAUGUAGCCCUGGAUUAGAGCAACGUGCAGAAUAUAAAAAACUGUGCUUUAGUUUCAAGAGCUGUGAAGUGUGAUUGAAAACAUGACGGACACCGCGACCAGUGCUUCUACCAUGGUCAAGGUAAAGACAGAGCGGCCUGAUGAGGCCGAGAUUAGGGAACUGGCCGCCAAGAUGGUGGAGGCCAAUAAGGCCAAGGCGCUAGCAGCGUCCGUGGCGGCAGCACGGCCACCGCCCGGCUCGCUCGUCGGCGUGGCGCCGCCGGGCUCCGGGGGCCAAAUGGGACUUCUCAACUUCUUAGCUCGAAAACCAAAUGCUGCUACAACUGCUAGUGAAUUGCGACCUGCGCCUGACGGUGACAAAAAGAACCCGGCUCCAGAUGAGGCUAGUUGGAAAGGUCAUUUUGGGUGGGACAUGCUGGGUAAAUGUCAUAUACCUUACAUAUACCGGUCCUCUGAGAAGUACGUGGCUGUCAGGAUGGUGGAGAUCAAGCUGCUGAACAAGUACUUGAACUAUCUCCACGCAGACAUUUACUCGUGUACCUGUAUUAGAAGUUACUACAUCACUGAGAUCGAGGCCCGGCUGCUGAAUGAGAUCAACAACAGACACUGUGAUGGACAGUUUGGCCGGGAUCCAUUCACUCAGAAAGACUUAGUGGUGCGGUUAUCAGAUGCCUAUGAGUUCUAUAACUUCCUAGAUGUAUGUUACAAUAAGUUAUUAAGAGGUACAACAAAUAGUAAAGACAAAUGUGGUUUCAUUAGGAUAAACAAGGAGUCUGUUGUACCAUACACGGUGCGGGAUAACCAGAAAUUUGUUCCUCUAUUUUACUUUGAAGGUGAAACGGACAAUUUGAAAUUAAAGGCAGACCAGUUGAAAGGCUGGGACUUGUCGUACUUGAAGUUCUGUUGUAAAGUGCAGGGUAUUCGGAAUGAACUGUUUGCUAGUGAGACGUGUUCAGUGAUUAGUUUGUCAGACAUUAAAAGCUAUUUUCCACCGGGAACUGAGUUUGAGGAGUACUGGCCAAACAAAGUUGUUGAUUCACAGCUGUUGAUAUCGGCUAAAGGUUCUGUAUCUGGUGGCGGGCAAUGGACGCGUGCUCCGCCGGCGCCGCCUCCAGGAGUCGUUGGUGGAGUGGGAGUCGGGUCUGGCGCAGGCGUGGGCCUCAACAAUGUGAACAGCCAAUCCACGCGGGGCAGGCGGGCGAACACGCAGAGGCAUUCGCAAGCUUCUGCAGCCAUGCAGAUGCCCCACGGGGGACUGUCGGCAGCUACAGUACAAGCGCUGGCGAAUGGCUGGAGUCUACCCGCAGCGCUGACGCAAGCCCAGACUCAGCAAGUGCUGAGACUCGCACAGGCACAAGUGGCGCAGGCGCACGUGGCGGCGCGCUACAACAACGCGGCGAUCGCGGCCGCCACCGCCGGCCUGCCGCAGCAUCGCUCGCAGCACCAGCGUAACGUACAGUUUCCGAACAGUGCAAUUACAAUGGCGAUGGGUCAGCAACCCCCUCCACCUCUCGUGAGGAGCUCGGCAAACACAUCAACCAUGAAUGUACCCCCUCAAGUGACUGGAACAAUGAAUGGCCACUCAACCUCUCACUCCGUGGACAAUCGCAAAAGGCUUACUCCAAUACCCGACAUCAAUAUAACUGGCAACCAUACGCCGUAUAAGGUUCAGAAAGCGUUGGUGGAGAAUACUAUGGUACCCUGCAUCAACGCGAAACCCUACCAGUACACGGAGCUGCUUAUGACCCUGCCAGACCUGGCCAGCCACUUCUUCCCACGAGUCUCCCUCACCACGUGCCGCGCUAUGCUCGACGCGCUUGGGAUUACCCUCUACAGACCUAACUCGACUCAGGUACAAGUACUCCGCAACUCGGGCAAGUGUAAGACUGCAGCAGCGGGUGAGAACGGACAGGCGCUCGUACAGAUCCGUGACGUCAUGCAACACAUGCUGCAGUUCAAGUACAUGCUGCGGUCGGGGCUGGCGGCGGACGAGGCGCCGCUGUCGCAGCCCCGGCCGGCGCACGCGCCGCCGCCGCCCGCCAAGCGCGCGCGCGCCAACUGACCGCCGUCACCGCCCUGUGCCGCGCCGCCCUGUUCCCCGCUCGCCCCGCCACGCCAGCUGCGCAAGCUCGCGCCCGACCUGGUGCCCGACUGGGUCAAGCAGAGAGCCAGAAUGGUCGACUGCAUGCCUGCCCAGUAGGCAGUAACACCCACAAAUCUAGUGCCACCGACACCUAUCUGCGGAAACGAGGAUUCCAUUAUACAAUUAUGCAACAUAUCCCACGAACAAUUCAAAGUUUUAAUCUCGCCCAGUAUCAAUUCUAUUUAAUAUCCAAACAAUUAGAAAAUAUUUUGACAACAGUUUCAGUACGGUAAAAGCAUAUUGUACCAAGGGACCAGAGGAACCUGAAUCUGUGCUCGAGUUAAAAGUAAAUAUAUAACAUGAAAACAUUGAACCAGUUAGCCAGUAUUGAUGCUAACUACCUCAACAUACUAAAUGCAGUGAUAAAGUGUAUAGAUUGAAUGUGUGAUACACGACGUGAGAUUAGCGCGGAACAUUGAACGAGUGUUGUGAGACAGUUUAGAACAUUGUAUAGAGUGACAAGAAACACGAUUGUAAAGUUGGCUGCGAGCUGACUUAGGGUCUGAGCCAGUGACUGUGUCUGCAAUUUAGACUGUCCAAGUAUCAAAGACGUUAAUGCGCAUGGGACUUGUCAAUUUUUCCCUAGCUUGUACAAACUGUAUCAUACUAUAUUUGUAAAUCGAAAGAUCUAAUUUAUAGCAAUCUAUUUGUACUAUUCAAUAGAGAAGACUGAGAAUUUUAUUUUUUAAUAAUUUCCUAAAAAAACAAAAGCUAUAGACAUGUUGUGAACGUUUAGUUUUAGUUUAGUCGAGUUUUUGCGAAGAGUGUUUUGGUAUGACUUUUAAGUUAAUUUGUAUGUUGAUUUUAUGUAUACGAUAUGUAAAUAGUUCCCUGCAUUUAAGCAGUACAUGUUAUUUUCGCAAUACAUUUAAUAUAUGCAUAAAUAAUACUUAAAAUUUUAGUGUAACACUGAAAAAGUAAGGGUUAUUUGAAUCAUAAAAGUAUUGCUUAAAUUGCAUAUUCAGAAGCUUUUUAAAUUAUCAUCACAAUUAAAAUGUUAACUUCACAAAAUUUGUCACAUUUUAUAUCAGUAAUGUGAGAUGCCAAGUAAUUAUAGAGCUAAGAAAGGCAUGACAAGUAUGUAAGAUAAUGAAGGAUGGCAAAUAUGUAUAUUAGAGAAAUACAUAGCUAUUUAGGACCAUGCCUCGAAUUUUCUUCAAGAAAAUGGCAAUAUUUAGCCCGCCAGGAACAAAAGUAAGUUGCCUUGUUGGAUGCACAAAUCUUAAUCAUUUAUAUUUUAAGUAGCUUAAUAAUCAAAGGGCCUUUAUAAAUGUUUCACCAAAUCCAGCCACAUUUAUUUAUUGUAAUAAUAACUCGCUGUAGGACAUGUAGAUCUCCUUGGCUCAUGUGUAAUUAUAGUGACAAGUCAAAAAGGGAAUCUCAUGUUCUACAGAAUGAUGUCAACAGGUGGAUAUAUAUGUAUUAAUUAAGUAUUAAAUCCCCAUACAGCCACGCAAUAAUAAUUAUUACUAUUAUAUUAAGGUAGACAAUAUAAUUAUAUAGUAUAUGUCUAAUUGGACUGGGUUUGGUUAAGAAACAUGGCUCCUUUUGUCAAACACUUGUAAUCUAUUGUAUUCAGUUCUGUGGGUAGUGGUUCCUGGCUUUUCCAGUGAAUAUAACAAUACUUCAUUAUUAUAAUUCUAACUUUCCAAUAGGAAAUGUGUCGAUCCUACCUACAUGGGGUUUGAGAUGCGAAAAAAUGUUGUGUAUUGUUCUAAUUUUAAUUGCGCAUUUUAUAUACAUACUUUAUUUGUAAGGAUGGAAGAUA